CUUAUUUAUAUAUGAGAAAUUCCGCUUUCUAACUUUGUUUGCAGGAUUGAUGUAUGUUGCAGUUUAUUAUCCCGUAUUCUUCACAGAUUGUCAAAGUACUUUAAUGAGUUAAUGGAAUAAAGCAUAUUAUGGAUUCAAAUGAUGAUGGCAAACUUCAUAUUGCUUGCACGCAUGGUAGAAUGGAUUCAAAUGAUGAUGAGAGAUUUUAUAUCUCUUAUAUUCAUGCUAGAGAAAGCUUGAAGAAAAUGAGAGAUCUAUAUUUGCAACAGAAACUUUGUGAUGUUACACUUGUUGUAUCAAAUAUUGAAAUUAAUGCCCAUCGUCUUGUUUUGUCAUCUGCCAGUGAUUAUUUUUCUGCCAUGUUUACCAGCAGUCUUCAAGAAGCAAAUAUGCGUCAUGUUUAUAUGAAAGACACUGAUCCCGAAGCACUAAAGGCUUUAAUUGAAUUUUGCUACAGUGGCAAAAUUGACAUUAAUGAAGAUAAUGUAGAAACUCUGUUAUCUACUGCUAAUGUACUGCAAAUAGCUGAUGUAGUAAAUGCAUGCUGUCAUUUUCUAAUUUCUUGUCUGCAUCCAUCCAACUGCAUUGGAUUUGCUCUGUUUUCUGAAUCUCAGGGUUGCAUGGAAUUAUAUCAAGUUGCUCACAACUAUAUCAUGGAUCAUUUUAUGGAUGUCAUUUCAUGUGAAGAAUAUUUAACACUGUCAGCUGAUGGUGUAAAGAAGUUAUUAGGCAGUGAUAUGCUCAAUGUUCCAAGUGAAGAAAAAGCAUUUGAAUCUCUUAUGGCUUGGAUAAAUUACGAUCUUCCAAACAGAAAAAAAGACUUACCUGGUCUUCUUGAACUGAUAAGACUUCCUUUACUUUCCCCCCAGUUUUUAACAGACUUUAUUGAAACUAAUGCGUUUUUACAAGAAGACCCAGCUUGCUGUAGCUUGAUAAUGGAAGCCAUGAAAUAUCAUCUUUUACCAGAGCGACGUUCUUUACCUCAUGCAUCUAGAACUAGGCCAAGAAAAUCUACUGUUGGCUCUUUAUUUAUUGUUGGCGGUAUGGAUGGUAAUAAAGGUUCUUGGUCAGUUGAAAAAUAUGAUUUACGAAGCAAUAAAUGGUUCAAAUUUGAUUCUAUGACUUCAAGAAGAUUGCAGUUUGGUGCAGCUGUAAUUGAUAAUAAGCUGUAUAUUGUUGGUGGCCGUGAUGGUCUCAAGACAUUGAAUAUAGUAGAGUGUUAUGAUUUUCAAACAAUGACAUGGACAGGUUUGCCCUCUAUGUCCACUCACAGGCAUGGAUUAGGUGUAGGAGUUCUAGGUGGUCCUAUGUAUGCAGUUGGAGGACAUGAUGGAUGGACUUAUUUAAGUGCUGUAGAAAGAUGGGAUUCUAGCACUCGACAGUGGAGCUAUGUAGCACCAUUACAUACUCAGCGUAGUACAGCUGGUGUAGCUGUUCUAAAUGAUAGAUUAUAUGCUGUUGGUGGACGAGAUGGAAGUUCAUGCUUACGUUCAGUGGAAUGUUUCGAUCCAUAUAGAAAUAAAUGGACUUUCUGUGCCCCGAUGUCUAUUAGAAGAGGUGGUGCUGGUGUAGGUGUUAUUAAUGGAUAUUUGUUUGCCCUGGGUGGACAUGAUGCGCCUAUUUUAAAUCCCGGAGUGUCAAGAUUUGCAAGCGUUGAAAGAUACGAUCCCAGAACUGAUACAUGGACUUUGGUGGCUCCCAUGAGUAUUGGAAGAGAUGCCAUAGGUGUUGGUAUACUUGGCAAUCGCCUAAUUGCUGUUGGUGGAUAUGAUGGUCAAUCUUAUUUAAAAAUUGUUGAAGCUUAUGAUCCCCAAACCAAUGAAUGGGAAGAGAUUCAAGAACUUGAUGAGGGUCGAGCUGGCAUUUGUGUGGUGGUUAUGAAAGGAUUUUAAAGUUGUGUAUGUAGGAAUAAAAGUCUGAUUUUGAUUAAUCCAAAUACCAACAGGCAGCAAUUUAAGUAGCCUAAAUAUUGAAGAACAUGUUUAUUAGAAAUCAUGGGUGAUCUUCAAAGCAGGAGUCCAACUAUUCUUGAAAGCAUUGUUAAUAAUCACAGAAUUUUCUAAAAUUUAAGAACAGAAUUUACUGUAUCUUUCAAAAAAAUAUGAUAUGGGAACUAAGAACUCUAAAGUAAAAAAUGUUUGGAAAUAUAUUCUGAUAGUGUUUCAAUGCAUCAUCUCAGACAAUUAAAUUAACCUCCUCUCAUCCCCAAAUUGAAAUUGUCUGGGGAAGACUGGUUGAAAAUAUUGGUCUUGCAAAUGUAGUAUAAGGGGGGUCAUGAAAAAAUUCAUAUUCUCUUUAUUUUGAAAUACUUACUAGCUAGUUAAACAUUCAUUAAGCAUUUGAACUUGAAAACUUUGAAACUGUCAGAAUGCAUAAUUUGAAAUUGAUAUCCAGUUUUAAUUAGUCAUUUUUUAAAAAAAUUUUAUACUUCCUUUCCAAAGCUCAACUGUGUGGGAAGACAGUUAUUGUAGCUAAAUUGUAUUUUGUAUUCUGCAAAUCUCUGAACACUUUCUUUUUUAUUUAAUCGAAUAGGUUUGUUUGUUUAUCCCCAACACUGGUGAGCAGAAUUUAAUAAACUAGCAACUAUAACCUAAUACUGUAUAAAGCAGCAUCAAAACUUGAAGAAAAUAAUAAUUUAAAAAAAAAAAAACUGAAUUGCCUGGGAAGAGGAGCAGCAGUGCAUGUAUAACAGUUAAGUGUGAUUUAUAGUUUAUGUAACUUCAAACUGGUUUUCUUACAUAGUGAAGUGAGCCAUUAUAAACAGACUGAUAAUUUCAUGAAUGAUUGAACAAUUAGGGCAUAACUGGAGAAGUAUGUAUGACUGAUGGAUCCAAAGUGUUUGAUUGCUUUCAUAACAUUCCUGGAUAUGUGAGCAACUGUCUGAAAAAUUGGAAUAGCUGUGUAAAAAACUAAGUAGUUGUUAUUCACCAAAACUGAUUUCAUGUCAAGGUAGUUUUCUGCUCCUGCAGGUAAAUGCCACAGAUAAAAACAGAGAGCAGAUAGAUAUAUGAAGAUAAUUAUAUGAAGAUUUAUUUUUUGCUCAAUAAGUAUGUUGUGCCCCCAUUAUCAGCUGCCCAUUAGGGAUUUGGUUUAUAGUGGUGCUGAGGACAUUAGGACUGAAUACUAGUACUGUUUCUUGUGAGAGUAGUUUAAGUCAUACAUUCAAAAAUGUUUUAAUGCUACACCAUGUUCAAACUUCUCAUCAUAUCAAGGAUUUUGGACAUCAACUAAUUUGACAGGAAGUUUGAACAUUAUAUCAUAUCAGAACUUGAGGGAGAUUUUCCAAAGGAAUUCAAUUUUUGUGCAGUUUAAAUACCAUUGGUUCAGAUUUGUGUACAGACCUCCAGCAUCACAGCCAUUGUUUUAUGUAUAGUAUGCAGCUUCUAAAGAUUCAACAUUUGCAUAAUAUUAUCCUCACAUUUUAUGAUAUUCUUGUAAUACUGCAAUCUAGGGGAAGGAGCUUCCUUGAAAAUGAAAAUCAUUUUUGCUAUUCAAAAUGAAUAUAAAGUAAUAUUUAAUUUAAUUAAGAACAACUGAAUUUCUCCAAGUGCUUAGGGCUCACCAGUGGCUGAGUCGCUGAAUGCUGGUAGUUAGGUCUGGGGUCAUGUCUCAAUUUUCAUGGUUUUCCCCCAUGUGUAACGUGUACAUAAGCCUGGUUUCCUUUAAUCAAAAUACUUAUACCAGUUGCUUAGUUUUGAUAAGCUGUAAAUUUCUUUAAUUAAAAAUUGUAACUAAUUCUUAGAUUUAGAAUUACUACUAAAUAAACUUCGUAUAUCUUCAAACAUUAACAGUCCAUAUAAUACUGACAUAAAUAUUGAUAUAACAUAAAACAGUAAACAUCGUGAUAAGUUACAAAGUAACUUCACAUGCAUACAUUAAACUGAUAUCAGAUUGCAUGCUCCAUAAAUCUCAAAUCAUAUGACAGAAAAUGUAAAUUAUAAUGCAUAUAAUGAGUUUAAAUUUCUCUAAAUUCAAUUGGCAGUCAGGUUCCAACAGCUUUUAGUGAUCAUAGUUUGUCGUAUUAGUCUGAUAUGAAGCUGUGUGUAUGUUCUGAGCAACAAUAUAAAAUGUAUAAUUGUUGACAGCUUCAGCAGGGCAGAACAACAGUGCUAGCAUAUAACUCUUGAGCUAGUUAUAGAAAAUCUCCUUUUGACAUUUUAAGACUGGUAACACAUAGUUCCAUUAUUAUCUUUGUUAAACUCCAUGACAUUUACCAUAGAUCAGAUAAGUUUCUUUUUUAGUCAUUUGUCAAGCUUUAUUAAUCCUUGGUGUCUUGUUUUUCCCCUGGCUAAUAUAUCUAUUAUUACAUAUAAUUUUUAUAGUUUCACAAGAACAAAAAAGGCAGUUCAUCUCGAUUUUAAAGACAUAUUUCCAAGAAGAUAUCAAAAUAGUUGUUCGUGAUUUGUAACAUACAUACUAAACUAAACUCAGUGUUGCAACAGCCCUAGUGGGCCAAGGCCUGCAGUGCCCAGAAAUCUGCUUUCUUGACCAUGGGCCCGGGAGUGCAUUAGCAUAUGUCUUGAACAAGUGGUCAGCUUGUUGCAGGCUUCCCCCCCAGGUGUUUAGACCCCAAGCGAACUUGGUACUCAUUUUAUCCACCCACUCAAGGGAUGAAAGAGUGAGUCACCUUGCCCAGCCUGCGGAUCAAACCCCGGACCUGAGGUGCUGCUGCACGAUGCGCUAGCCAAUGUGCCGCCAGGCUGUAACAUACAUAUCCUCCCAAAUUCCACCCAUUUCAACUAUAGGUUAUGAAAUAAAUUUUCACUUUAUUUCACAAGUUCCAAAAUUUGGAGCAAGGGCUCAGUUUUCAUGAAGUUCAUGUUCUGACUUUACUAACAGUUUACGAACAGUUUUAAAUGUAAUUUGAUACUCAUCUUUUUAUUUUGUCACAGAACUUUCUCAGACAGAUUGAAUGGCGAGUAGCAUAGUUUAAAUGUAGGAUGUUAAUUUUAAGCAUGAACCUAGUAGAGCUUCCACUGUGUAUCCGCCAUCUUUCCUGUUAGAUCGCCUGUGGUAAUUGUGAACAAACAUCUGAAAGGUAUAGGCUGUACUUGAUAAAUUGUUUAAGUUGCAUGUGUAUCCGUUUAACCCUAAGUAUUUGUAUGUUUGAUUUAGGCUGUUGUAAAUAUUGAAAUCUUAAACUGGUGUCACAUCUACGAUUUACCGUCAACAGUGUGCCAAAAGAAACAUUCCCCAGAUUUUUUUUUUUUUUUUUUGUGUGAUGUCUGAUUGGUUGCCUUAUGAAAAAAAAAAAAAAAAAGUUUUUUUCUGGAGAAAUUGUUUAAGGGACAAAGCUUAAAGUGAAAUAUGUUAAGUUCAGUUUCAAGAAGUCCUGCACAGGUAGAUAGGACCCAGGUUCCACCGAAAUGUGUUUUGGCUAGGAAUCCUUCAGUGUUAGGAGAUGGUCAAGCUCGUUUCUUGGAAAAGUUUCUUCUAGCUUCACACAUCAGUGGACGUGAGGACACCAUUGGCAUCAAAGCAUGUUGGCCUUUUUAUAAAUUUUGUAUGAGAACAGCUUGUUUUAUUUUAGUAUUAUAAUUUUAUAUUUUUGGUAAAAAAAAAAAAAAUUAAAAAUGACUAGCAGUAAAAAUUCUUCUUCCAGUUGAGUUUUGUUAUUUUAUGUUGGUAGUUAAGCAGUAGCAAGGGUGAUAAUUGAGUAUUAAAUAUAAAUUUCGCUAGGUGUUAAGGAAUGUUUUAAGUUGAUUUCACACUGAAUGGUAAUUUAAUUAUCAUUUCAAAUUAUUUUAAUCAUACCUUGCUUAGCUAUGGUGUCCUAAGUCUGAGAAGCAAAGUCUUUGUGGAAAAGGCGUCACUAGUUCCAUAUGCACUCAUUUGUAAAGAGCACACUUGAAAAGAAUGAAAGGGUCUGCCUCCUUAUAACUUCAGAAACAGAAGCUUCAUUCAUUCUUUUUCCAUUAGAAAUUGCCUCAGUGCACUUCCUUGUUUAUGCUGGCAUGAACAGUUCUUUGACCAUUGUUUAGCUAAAAUUUCAUACUGCAGUUUGAGAACAGUAUUUAGAGUCUGGCUGUAUCACUUUUGAGUGUAUUUAUUUCCCUUGUAAAAAUUUCCAAUUGGGAAUUAUCUUCACUGGUGGAUGGCAAUGAUGGUAUGGCAAAAUUAUUACCACAGCUUAACAACAUUGUUGUACAAAAUAUAGAGGUAAUUAGAUUAUAUUUGACUGUUUUAAUUAUGAAUAAACAUGCUAGGACUUUCUGCAUUUGAAACAUCGAAAGCUGGUGUAAAUCCUGCAUUGUUUUUAAAGAUGGUAAUUUUCUGUGGGUCACCUCUUCCUUCCAUAACUUCUUUUACACUCUUGCAUUCCUGUCAUAGUAACAAGGCCUUGUAAGUGUUUCUGAAAAAUUCAUACUAUAGUCUUUUAUAUCUGUUGUUAUGUCAAUGUUACUUCUGUUGGCAUUUUGAUAUGCCAUUAGGUUUCUGACAUGGUAUAUCAAGUUCAUCCUUCUAAGAAGCUAAGAAUGACAUUUUUUCUUAUAAUCAAGUUUUGCUCACCAGUGUAGUAGAACUAUUUACAUGUAGUAAAAUUACUAUAUGUGUGAUAUAUUAUAGACUUUGUAUAAAAUAUGGCAAUAAUUGCACAUAUUCUUUCAGAAUAAAUAUUCUGACUUAUUUAUCAUACCACAGUGAGAUUAGUAACAUGUUUGAUAUGCCUAUAUAUUACAUUCCAUUUUUUAGCAUCUGUUGAUGCUUAAUUUUUUAAAAGGAAUAGUUUUUCUUUUCUUUUCUUUUUUUUUUUUUUUUUUUUUUUUUUUUCUCUCUAAAAUAGCCUGACAUUAUAUGGAUGAUUAAAAUCACACAGUAUCUUCACAUUCUCUGAGAGGCUGUGUUGCAUAUUCAUAUAUGUGUAACAAAAGCAAUGUUUACCUUUUAGAAUGUGUUAGAUAAAGUAUUAUAUAUGCUUCCAGUUUCAUAUUCUGAGUAUUAAUUUUUCAUCUUUUUACUAUCUAUUUAGUUCAUCUAUUUAUGUUUAUUGAGUGCAAUUAGUAAACAUUGAAGUAUAUGUUUCUUCAGUGAAUACAAUAUUUCAGGUAUCAUGCAUGUGUAAUUAUUAAAGCAUAUUUGUUUAAUCAAUUCUUUAAUGAAAACACUUUUGAGUAUUUUGUGAUAUAAGCUUUGUGCUUAGUUACAAUUUCUUUUGGUAAUUGCAUAUUAUUCUGUCGAAUGUGAAAGUUGGCAGAGAUUCUACCAAACUUGCUUCAGUUAUUGCUGCAGAAUUCUAAUAGAAUUCAUGCCUCUUUAUUUAAUAAACAGUAUUCGGUGUGCUUCAUAGAAAAGGUAUCCAUCAGUUUCCAGUAGUUUGUUACCUCUCCCCACCCCCAUGCUCGAUUUUGCCAGAACCUCUGUUUAGAAUGCUAUGAGAACAGAUUUCUUGUAAUUAAUGGUUCCAAUCUCUUACUGUUUUGUCAGCCAUAUUCAGUUGGCCAUAUCAUGCUAACACACAAUUUUUUAAUAAUAAUGGUUUAAUUAAUGAACACUUUUUUAUGGUAAGAUUCUAUAACUUCGAAAAUUAUCCACUGCUUUCUGAUCUUUAAAAGGCAGAUCCCAAAUCUGAAUCUUUUUUAAUGCAAUAAAAAUACAACAUUAACAGUUAAUUUAUAUCCUUAUUCUUGAAAACAAAACAUGGCUUCCAUAAUUGGCACAAAAUCAUGUUGCUUGAUGACAGAAAUGCAAGUACCAUUUUUUCUUAUGCAGGAUGUUGGUGGAAGUGAGUACUAGCUUUAUUUCUUUAACUCUUGAUCCUAUGCAUGUAAUGCUAAUUGCAUUUUAAAAGGUAAGGAAGGAAGUUCGAGAACAGUUUUGGCACUAGGGAUGAAUGGUUUUUAAAAAUAUUUUUUAACUUUUUAGUUUAGCUCCCAUAGAACAAAAUAGACAAUCAGAAGAAUAUUCAUUAUGCGGUAACAAAUUCAAUACAAAAGAAUUUUUAGUCACAAAUAUCAAGCUGAAUUUUGCAUGUAAAGUUUUUUAACUAUUUACAUUCAAUUAAUUUAAGCAUAAUGAACAUUUUUGUAAAUAGGCUUCUGCUCUACAGAGAACAUUUUUCAAAACCAUUCUCCCCUUCCAGAAAUUAUUCCCACAAAUUUCUCUGUUUAAACAAACUUUUUUUAUUAGAAGUGCCUGCCUAAGAUUAAUAGUUAAGGAAAUAAAGCUUGUAGACACUUUUUAUAUUGUAAAAAUACAAAAAUUAAUGUCCCCCAUGCCAUGGAAAAUCAUUAGGACCUGAAAAUAGCUGCUAAUAAAUAGAUGAGAUAAAAACAAAUUUAAAAAAUUGUCCACUGUGUAUAUAAAUUCAUCCACAUAUUGAAAAUUCUACAGUCAAUAACUAAGUAAUGUUACUGAACAGAGUCACAAAAUUUAGUAUAGCUUUUAUAUUUACAGAUGCAGUUUUCUCCUUUGCAUUCACAGCAUACCACCCUGUUUAUAUUACAAUUUUCAAAAUAUUUUUAAAUGAAGUCUUCAUUGAGUAAUAUCUUGGUGAAAGUCCAGACAGCUAAACCUCCAGGUGAAGAUACAGUGUAUAUUUGUACUUUUACCUACUUUUAUGUUUCUUCAAUUAUUUUGAAAAGUGUUUUAGGUGAUCCUUUUAUACUGAAGAAUAUUGAAAAUAGCGAACCAAGAAGGGUGCAUCAUACUGAAAUGAAAUUUAAUACACACAAUGAUACAGAUGAGAAAUUAACUUUGCUCCCAAUAUCAAGACAAUUAAACAAAUACAGUCUGUACAGCUAGACAAACACAGUGAACUUUAGUGGAGCACCAGACUGUCUCCUGCUGCAAUACAUGCUGCAACAUAGUCCAGCAUUAAAUUGAUUUGACAUCUAAUGUUGUCCUGAGGCAGAUGGGCCCACAAACCUUUAACAACCACCUCCAAAUCAUGUACAGAGUGAUACAGCAGCAUCCAGAAUUACAGCUGGUCCAACACAUACUCUAUAAAGCAGCGGGCCAACCAUGAAAUAGUCUGAACAUGACAUAGGAAGGAAUGAGCAACUCAAGCUGUAUGUAAACAAGUAUUAUCUUGCUUGAAAAUUGCCCCUGGAAGACCAUUUAAGAAAGACCCCCAUGUGGGGUCGAAGAACAUAGCGAACAUUAACAUAAGGUGGCCCAUUAAAGUUAUACAUAUCACAAUUAGAGUGGACUGGUAUAGGCAAUGGACCUCUCGCACAACAGCGUGGGUAAAAUUCUUCCGUUCACCAGAGCGCUUCCACACCGGUACGCAGUUAUCUGUAGAACAAACCAGGAUUCAUCAGUAAACACCGUGUUUUGCCAUUUUGUAGCAUUCCAUGUCACUCUGACUUGGUGCCGCUUUAGAUGGAGUUUUUGAUGUUAAAUGCAGUAUAUGAAAAGGGCGCUUGGAUCUGGAAAUAAUUUGGGGAACAACUGACAUUCCGACAUCUAACUGCGUUGUGGAACAAGUCACUGCGAUCUACGGUCGCUUGCCACAUGAUCCUUCAGUCUUUUUGCCGAGUCACCUUCCUGAUCACUCCAGACCUGGUUCUCCACUCGUGGGUGCCAUCUCCUGUCCAUGGCUGCCAACCUAUUCUGACGGCACAUUCCGAAAAAUCAACCUGGUGACCUGUGCAAUCCAGUUUUUGUGCUGAUGAUCACGCCCCUUUCAAAAUCGCUUGAGAAAUGUCUUCUCACACGUCUACCUACCAUUCUUCACUUAUUAAAGUCUUUCUAAAUUCGAAAUGGGAUCAUCAUGUUUAUAAAUUUCCAUCUAUGUGCCGAUUUAUAUAGGGCUCAACUCCUGAUUGCAGUGCCACUGCAGGUUAUGUGGUCAUAUAUGUUGGCACCAAAUUUAGAUCAUUUGCAUAGCUGAUCUCAAUGUACUUAUAUGCAAAGUUUCGCCAAUUGUACCUUUCUUCCUUCUUGGAGUGCUAGUUUCAGUGUUCCUUAAGUGUAUGUCUAUAUGGUAGUUUAUUUAUAACAUUGAAAUCAUUUAAAGGAAGAUUCUGGGUAAAUAAACAUGCAACGUGUGUCAAACCUUUUUCACAGUUUUUAUUUCCAAGUAAUGGUAAAAAAUAUUUUGUUCUGCCUCCCCUCCCUUAAUUUGAAUUUUAAUUAGAAUAAGAGAAAAGCUCUUUUUUCAUAGUAAGCUUUUAUUUCUCUGUCAUGUUGUGAAGUCAUUUGUUUGUAUGUAAAUUAUUUCAGAUGUUUGGUGGUAUGAAUUUAUUUGCAUUGUGAUGUAAUCGUUUAUCUAGGUGAAUUAUUUUUAUCACAGGGUACUGAGAGUCUUAUUUAUUCUUAUACAAAACUGCAUUUCUAAAGAGUGUGCUUAUUAGAAGAAUAUAUAUCCCUCUUGUAUAAAAGAAAUGAACUGUUGCAGUAUAAAAGAAAUGAAUGCAUUGAAUACUGAAGAAAUUAAAAUAUCAAAUUUUUAAAGUCAUGUAUGAUUUAAAGAAGUCAUAUUUAAGUAUUUUUGAUAUUUAUGAAUUUAAUUACUUUUUGAUAAAUAGCCAUUGUUAAUAUUUAGCUUUCAACUUCUUACCUAAAGGAACUUAACAGUAUUUGUAUGAUAAACUUUUGCCACACUUUUGUAAAAUCCAUAAUAUUGAAAACAUGUUUUUUCUUCUGAUUUAUCUGGAAUGCUCUCUAUAUCUGUUCUGUAAAUGUGAUUAUUUGUCCACGUAUAUAUUUUCAAGAUUAAUACUGUCAGUCUGUUUUAUAUCAAGGAAUUUUGAUGUUCAUAUUUUUAUAGUGUUUUUGUAUAAUAAAUGUUAAUUAUGGAA